GACGUUGCUGCUGAAGGAAAGUUUGUGUCCCUCUCGGAGGUGACGGACAUACCUCUGUAAGAUGUUGCAUUUCUCGCACAGAGGACAGACGUCGCGUUAUUGAGAUUCUGCUCAUAAAAAGAAAACGGAACUGAAUGGACAUGUCGGUUCAAGUCCCUCUGCCCAGCCGAGCUGCCCUGCCGCGGGUUUGGGGUCAGUUUGUCCCGGAGCUGAAUGGAGUUUCCGCAGUCGGAUUCUGCAUAUCGGCCUAACCACCGCCAACAACACAUCCACAGGGAGUUAAACAUGAUGCUUCCACUUUAAUGAGAGGACACCGAUUCUCGCAUUUCCACUGGCUUUAUCUGUGACCACCAAUAUGUCCGACCAAAGCUAUUACUGGACCGUUCUGCCCAGCUACAAAACCAGCUUUGUGACUGGAGCAAUGAUGAGAAGGUCGAAAAGUUCCCGUAACAACAAGAGAAGGAGUUUGGCAGUCGGGACUCCGUCUCCCACACUGUCACGACCUCUUUCACCUCUUCAUCUUGCAACAGCUGGAAGCAGUCCUUCAGAAAGCCCCAGGAAUAUCUCUGCUAGCACCUCUUCCAACUUCCAGUUUGCCCGCAGCCAGCUGGCCCGCACUGAAAGCAGGGCGGAUGGGCGAAGGUGGUCUGUGGCGUCUGUUCCCUCCUCUGGAUACUGCACCAAUGCACCCAGCUCAUCAGUCUCUUCCUCAUCUUCCCACGAACUGUUGCACCAGUUGCCCUCUCAGCCCACUCAAGAUGAUCUUCACCUCCUCUUCAAACAUUUGCGGAGCUCAGAGAGCGUUGUGGACGAUGAAGGAGCGCAUCCAGUGCAUCAUGUCAGGGUCCGCUCACGCAGUCUCAGCCCUGGACGGACCUGUGGAACAUUUGAUAAUGAAAUUGUCAUGAUGAAUCAUGUCUACAAAGAGCGCUUCCCUAAGGCAACAGCUCAGAUGGAGGGUCAGCUUGUUCACAUCAUUUCGGAGUAUUCGCCUGACACUGCUCUGCCCCUGGCUGAUGGCGUGCUGGGAUUCAUUCAGCACCAGCUGGUGGAGCUUGCCAGGGACUGUCUGGACAAGUCCCAGGAUGGGCUGGUCACCUCCAGGUACUUUGUGGAGCUGCAGGAAAAGCUGGAGAAACUGCUCCAUGAGGCUUAUGAGCGUUCAGAGAGCGAGGAGGUGACCAUCAUCACCAAGUUGGUGAAGAAGAUUCUCAUCAUAAUCUCCAGGCCUGCUAGACUGCUGGAGUGUUUGGAGUUUGAUCCAGAGGAGUUCUAUCAGCGUUUGGAGGCUGCAGAGGGUCAAGCCAAAGUAGGCCAGGGCAUUAAGACCGAUCUUCCCAGAUAUAUCAUCAGCCAACUUGGCCUCACCAGAGAUCCAUUGGAAGAGAUGGUCCACUUGGAGCAGACUAGUCCAUGUCAGAGGUCAGCCAGCAGGGAGUCUGACGAUUCUGGAGAGGCAACACCUGUACAGAGCCGAGCAGCCUCCACCCCUCCUCGUCGGAAACCACUGGAGACUGACUUUGAGACUACAAAGCUCAUUAGCAAUGGCGCCUAUGGAGCUGUAUAUUUGGUGCGCCACAAGGAAACCCAUCAACGUUUUGCCAUGAAGAAGAUCAACAGACAAAACCUGAUUCUUAGGAACCAAAUCCAGCAGGUGUUUGUGGAACGAGACAUCCUUACAUUUGCUGAAAAUCCGUUUGUGGUGUCCAUGUUCUGCUCUUUUGAGACCCGGAGGCACCUCUGCAUGGUCAUGGAGUAUGUAGAAGGUGGGGAUUGUGCCAACUUGUUGAAGAAUAUCGGCCCUCUCCCUGUGGACAUGACCCGGAUGUACUUUGCGGAGACUGUACUUGCCCUAGAGUACCUUCAUAACUACGGCAUUGUGCACCGAGAUCUCAAACCUGACAAUCUGUUGAUCACCUCCAUGGGUCACAUUAAGCUGACAGACUUUGGACUGUCGAAGAUCGGUCUAAUGAAUAUGACAACCAACUUGUAUGAAGGACACAUUGAGAAGGAUACCAGGGAAUUCAUAGACAAGCAGGUGUGUGGGACUCCAGAGUAUAUUGCUCCUGAGGUCAUCUUGAGGCAGGGUUAUGGCAAACCUGUGGACUGGUGGGCCAUGGGUAUAAUCCUUUAUGAGUUUCUUGUUGGCUGUGUGCCUUUCUUUGGAGACACUCCGGAGCAGCUCUUUGGUCAGGUUGUUAACGAUGACAUCAUAUGGCCAGAAGGGGAAGAUGCUCUGCCAGCUGAUGCUCAGGAUCUUAUCACCCGACUGCUAAGGCAGAACCCUCUGGAGCGGCUGGGAACAGCUGGGACUACAGAAGUCAAGAGUCACAUGUUCUUCUUGGGCCUGGACUGGAAUGGCCUCCUGAGGCAGAAAGCUGAGUUCAUACCUCAGCUGGAGUCUGAAGACGACACCAGUUACUUUGACACACGGUCAGAGCGCUACUGUCAUCUUGGCUCAGAUGAUGAUGAGACAAACGAUGAUGAGUCUUCUCUGGAGCUCAGACAGUUCUCCUCAGUUGCUCACCGCUUCAGCAAGGUGUACAGCAGCACCGAGCAGCUGUCCACCUCCACCCCGUCCAACCAGAGCCUGUCGUCAUCAGAGCGAAGCCACAGUGAGGAGAAGGAGGACCGAUGGGACGGCAGGGGAGUCCUUUCACCAGGAGACGGACACAAGAACUUGGCUGGUGUAGACAGGAGGGCAGAUGGACCCAGAGGGUGUCUUCGUCCACGUGCUUCCUCCAGCUCAUCACAUUCAGAGCGCAGUGGCAGCCCGCUGGUCAUGAACAGCACAGAUGUUGCUGCCCGCAUUGCCAUCCCUGCUGAGGAGGAAGACGGGAUAGUCUCCAACCUGAGGCGGAUCCGACUGCGAAGCAACAGCACGGGCACAAGGCCGUCGUUCCGCAGAGGGGCGUCCCGGCGGAUUGCUCACCAGCUGGAGACCCCAGAGAAACCUAGAUCCCCCGCUGGAAACGUCCCGAAGUCUGCUUCAAUCUCUGGUCUGUCCCUCAUCAUUACCCCAGAUGACUCGGCUGGUCCUCCUUUAAGUCCCAAAUCAUCUCUAUCCCUGUCGUCCAACCCCUCCUCCCGGGACUCGUCUCCCAGCCGGGACCUGCCCAUCGGCAUCAGCUGCCUCAGGCCCCCGGUGGUCAUUCACAGCUCUGGCAGGAGGUUUGGUUUUGCUCUCCGAGCCAUCAGGGUAUACAUGGGAGACAGCGACGUCUAUACUGUUCAUCACAUGGUUUGGUCUGUGGAGGAUGGCAGUCCAGCGCAUGAGGCAGGACUGAGGGCAGGGGACCUCAUCACCCAUGUUAAUGGGGAGUCAGUCCAGGGUCUCGUACACACUGAGGUGGUGGAACUUCUGCUGAAGAGCGGCAACAAGGUGACUCUUCAAACGACUGCACUGGAGAACACUUCGAUCAAGGUGGGCCCUGCCAGGAAGGCGAGCUACAAGGCCAAGAUGGUCCGACGCAGUAAGAAGAGCAAGAAGAAGGAUGGACAGGAGAGUACCAGGCGUCGCAUCUUUAAGAAGCUAUCGAAGCACACAGCUCCCCCACCGUUGCAGAGCAGCCGCAGCUUCUCCUCUGGCUUUCCCCAGUCGUCCAGCGACAGCCUCUCUGGUUCCCCCACACAGAGUCUGUCCCCUGGGCCUUCCACACCAUGUCACUCCCCGGGCCCUGACCAAUCUGGAGAUUCCAGUUCAUCUCCUUGCUCCAGUUCUCCCAACUCACCGGUACCACAGGCUCGUCCCAGCUCCCUUCAUGUUCACGGUCGCUACACCAAAGCUGGUCGCUGCAAGUCCACCAGCAGCAUCCCUCCUUCACCUCUGGCUUGUAUCCCACCACCUCAGCCUCUCUCCCCUCAGUGCUCUCCAUCCUGUCUCCAGAGUCAUCCCAAGUCCCUCCAGGGGUUCCAUGGGAAGACAUUAUCCCCUCCCACUGUUGCUCGUCACUCUGUGCGUCCUCGCAGCGUAGAACCACCACGCUCACCCUUGCUUAAGAGGGUACAGUCAGCAGAGAAGCUUACAGGAGAUAAGACGGGUAAGGGAGGCUACCAUGGAGACAGGAAGGCUUACAGUACCCGGCGACACACCAUGGAGAUGCCACUAUCUGAGGGGGAGGGACUAGAAGAUGAAGAAGUGGACACCACAACAAGAUUUGUCUGUGUAGGUGAGCACGGUCGCCAGGGGCUGAGCAUCGGAGGGCAGAAAGAGUCCCAUGAUCUGGUUAGUGGAGGCAGUAACCACCAACUCUCGUCCGGCUCCCCUCAACACCGUGGAGGCAGCCACCAUCCAAAGGAGGUGAUGAGAAAGCUGGCUCAGUCAGAGCGCAGGGAUUCGUUUAAGAAACAGGAGGCUGUGCAAGAAUUAAACUUUGACUUGGAUGAGACGGAGGAAACACAAAGCCCAAAGCUUCCCAUCACCCACCCGGAACCAUUUAAGGUAUCCUGGAUCAACCGUUCCCAGCCUGAAUCCAAAAGGAAGCCAGAAGACAGCGGAGCUCAUAGUGCCACUCAACUGAAAGCAAAGUGUAAAGGCAAAGAGGAGUUUUAAUUUUUCCCCAAUAAUGCAUCUGAUGGCCUUGCAUGAAUCCAGGAAACUGUGACCAAGUCAAAGAUACCAGACAGCUUAAAGACAAGAUCUCACCCAUCCUCAAACACUGGCAACAGAGAACCGAACUGUUUACUUCCUCUGUUAGUUCUCAGAUCACUGUGCCACCUGUAACUGAUGUAUUCUGUAAAUAUUUUAUUUUAAUUGAAGAAACUUAUUUAUGGCCUUUUAGGCUUGUUUCUUUUUUUUUAAGACCUGGUAUGCUUCCUCCAAAAGCAACAAGUAGAGCAACACAUUCAAAAAAUGAGAUGGAGUAAGGUCUGGAAAAGAGCAGCUUAUUUUCACAUGUACCAUGUGCACUGUAGAACUUCCCAACGUGCUUUUUGCCUCCUCCCUGAAGAAAUGUGCUGUCUGAACGUGGCAGUUAACAUUCAGACCUGUUAUUCCCGAAUACUGUGUAUGUAUCACCAAACGAUAUCACUCUGAGGUCAAGCUAUGUGCCCAAGUUGGUUCAGCCAGAGCAUCCAUUUGAAAAGAGGUACUGUAGUAUAGACGAAGGCAUCGGGGAAACAUGGGCUCUUCCAGCUCUCGCUGUUUGUCAGAGCUGAAGCUCCUGCAGGUCUUUAACUCAGAAUAUGAUGGGAGUGUGUGGAAACUGUCAUCAGUGCUUCCGACCUGCUUCUCAUGCCUCGUCAUAAACAAACAUGGCUCAGUUGGCUUUUUGAUUUUAAUGUGUUUUAAGAAAAAUGGUUUACAUUUUAGUGCAGGUAUCUAUGGAGUUGUCCUGGUUUUUGUUAAAUUGUAGACAAACUGUCAGAAUUGAACUGAUGGCUGAAAGAACAGGAGAACUUUUGUAUAUUUUGAUAUGGAACGGUCUUGUUUCAGUGCUAAUAACCUAUGCUAUGGACUUAUACUUUAUAAACAAUGGUGGACCUUAUAGCAGCUGUGUUACAGUGGUGUUUUGUGGCCUUGUGAAAGUAGAUGGAGUCAGAUCACAUCAAUCUAUUUUUAAUUAAGUUGAGACGUUUUUUCCAUCUGUCACAUCUGUUCUACAGUACCUUUACGUUUCAGAUUGAAAUGUUUUGUAUAUGGGGCUUUUUUUCCUUUUAAUUCAGAAAGCGUUUGCAAUUAAUGUGUCCCAUCUUCACCGUUGUUUGAACUAACUUUUUGUUUUUCAAAGUAAAGGGAGAUGGGAUUAAUAAAAGAAGCAAAACUUGGGUAAAAGUUGCACAUGGUUCAGGAUUAAAUUAAACCUUUCAUUUACCCACUGGUUUAAGGGUAGAAACCUGUCUUGGUGGGAGUUGUCGUCAAACUUUCUUAGGCACCAUCAUCACAUGUUCAUCUGUUAGUAGUUGAAGUCCCUUAAUACCACUUAAUGAAUUAGUCUCACAACCAAUGGAGGAUCAGAAGUCUCCUUGUAUCUGGAGCACUUUUAUUCAUACAGAACUUUUCCACUUGUAUGUUUGUGAAUUAAAUGUGUUCCUCCCAAACCAACUCCCGAAUAGCAAUGGAGAAAUGCAUACCACAUGGGUGUCUGCUUCAGACUUAUUUGACAUUGUUAAUUAGUCUCCUGUAUUAAAAGUGCUUGAAAUAAAUUAAUUCCAAAGGACUUGAGUCCUGGAUGAAAA